CCAUCUUGAGGCUGCACGUACGACUGACUGAGUAUUUAUCAACGACGUCGUUAUCAAUUGAUCUAAAAAGUGGGUCGAGUGCCCUGUCACUCCCUGGAAUUUAAUUUGUUUGUUUGGACGCUCAAUGCAGUUCACGUUUUCAACGAGAAAGUCGCCCACGUCGUCCGUUGUUUACAAUUUCACACGUGUGACAAGAAACUGUUUUUUGAAAGGGAAAAUAGGAUUAAUUAAGUGUAACAAUGGGAGAGAAUCAGGGACCUAUUAUUUGUGUUCCUGGCCAGAGGCUGUGUCCAGCGAAUAAAACUAGUCUUCCCGGACCUGGAACUUACGAAUUGAAUGGAUAUAUUUAUGCCAAGUUGGCUGGGACCGUUGAAAUAUUGGAGGACGAUAAUACUAAAACGAUAAUUGUUCAUGGCACAACAGAGCAGAGCAUCGUUCCAACGCCCGGUGACAUUGUCACAGCAAUGGUAACAGUGGUGAAUCAAAGAUUCUGUAAAUGCAUCAUGAAAUGCAUUGGAGAUACUGUUCUGACGAGGACUUACAGGGGAAUAUUGCGGAAAGAGGAUGUUAGGGCAACUGAGAAGGACAGGGUGGAAUUGUACAAGUCGUUUCGACCUGGGGAUAUCAUUCUCGCUCGAGUUAUGCCCAUGACUGAAGCCCACACCUACUCAUUAAGUACAGCUGAGAAUGAAUUGGGUGUUGUUGUUGCUCACAGCGAAGAAGGAGUUUCUAUGGUACCAAUCAGUUGGACGGAGAUGCAGUGCCCCAAGACACUCACUAAAGAAUUUCGAAAAGUUGCGAAAGUUAUUCCUGAACAUGUUAUCACUGAAACUGAAUGUAUCAUUCUUCGUCAUGGGAAUGAUUAAUUGUACUUUAAUAAAAUAUCCAAAAGGUUUUAUUAAUAAA